AUGGCUAAAAGAAAUAAAGUCCAUGAAGAAAGCACCCCGAUAUUAACGGACAUCAUCAAUAGUACUGCUUCGUGGCCAUCGUUGACUGUCUGGAGAAAAUCGCCACUUUUAUGCUGUACAGGUUUUCAAGCUAUUAACUCCGACGGGAAUUUGGUUUUCAGAGUCGAUAAUUACUCCGGCCAUCCCCAUCAUCUCCUCCUCAUGGAUGGCUCCGGCAAUCCCCUUAUCACCCUUUGCCGUCCCAAGGGACUUAGAGGUCUGAUAGAGAGAUGGCGAAUGUACGAGGGAGAAUUAGUCGGUGACAGAUGGGGAAGAAAGCCGAUUUGGUGUGUGAGGAAACACUUGAAGAUGUUGAACCCUUAUUGUGGGGACGCACUGGCUUACAUUUACAUGGAUAAGAAGAAGAGAUGUGCGUAUAAGAUUGAAGGAUCAUAUACCCAUCGAUGUUGCAGAGUUUUGGAUCAUGAAUCAGGGACUUUGGUGGCCGAGAUCAAGAUCAAGGAAUCUUUUCCUCUCGGGGUUUCUUUUGGUUUUGAAGUAUUUCGACUCAUCGUACGCCCUGGAUUUGAUCAUGGUUUUGCCAUGGCUAUUGUUGUUUUGUUGGAUCAGAUGUUUGCUUAA